AUGGGCGUUCCGACCUUUUUCAGCCCCUCAGCAGCAAAAGUUUCAGCCAAGGUUCGUGUGAAUGCUGCAGGCGAGCCCUGUUCAGACGUCACGGUCGACCGGCAUGUGGCAAAUCUCCGAGGAUGGAUCUGCGUCCGGUACCCCAAAGUCAUUCGAGACACCAUCGAACGAGAGCCGGUGGAGAUGGACGGCCGAAUGGUGCCAGUGGACCUAGACGAGGAUGCCCACUCCCCAGCACCGAACGGCGAUUUCGACAAUCUGUACUUGGACAUGAACGGAAUCAUCCAUCCCUGCUGCCAUCCCGAAGACGGGCCGGCACCAGAGGACGAGGAGCACAUGUACGAGAACAUCUUCCUUUACCUCGAUCGCCUUUUCCGGAUCGUCAGGCCGAAGCGACUCGUGUACAUGGCGAUUGACGGUGUCGCGCCGCGUGCCAAAAUGAACCAGCAGCGCGCUCGUCGAUUCCGGGCUGCACAGGAGAGGGAAGAAAUGGAGCGAGAACAGGAAAGGCUCCGACAAGACUGGGAGGCAGAAGGACGAACACUUCCCAACAGAACGUCGGGAAAGGUCUUCGACUCUAAUGUCAUCACUCCUGGAACGAACUUCCUGCACAAAAUGUCGGAGGCUAUCCGGUACUACAUUCACGACCGCACGACAAACGAUCCACUCUGGCAAAAGCUCAAGUUUCGCGUGAUCCUGUCUGAUGCAAACGUUCCAAGCGAGGGCGAGCACAAAAUCAUGCAGUUCAUUCGACUGCAGCGGGCACAGCCGGACUACGAUCCAAACACCAGGCACUGCUUGUAUGGUGCCGAUGCGGAUCUCAUCAUGCUGGGCCUGGCCACCCAUGAGGCGCACUUCUCCAUCAUUCGGGAGGUCGUGAUCCCAAAAGCGGAAAAGAAGUGCACCCUUUGCGGAGGCACCGGCCACGUUGCUUCGGAGUGCACCGGCGACGGGGAUGACAUGGACGACAGCAUUGCCAUCCAGAAGCCCUUCCAAAUCGUUUCGUUGCCUGUGUUGCGCCAAUACCUUCAAUUGCAAUUCGCAGAGCUCGUCAAUCGUAUGCCACAAACUCUACUGUAUGAUUUCGAGAGGUGUGUUGAUGACUUCGUCUUCAUGUGCUUCUUCGUGGGCAACGACUUUUUGCCACAUCUUCCAUCCUUGAGCAUCAGGGAUGGCAGCAUUGACCAAAUGAUCGCGCUCUAUAUUGAGAUCCUGCCAGCGCUCGAAGACUACCUGACAGACUGUGGCAAAACGAACCUUGCUCAAGUUGAACAGUUUCUGGAAUACCUGGGCGGGAUUGAGGACCAGGUCUUCAAGAACCGCUUGGAAAGGGAGGCGAAGAUGAGAGCUGAAAGGCAAGAAGAACGCAGCAAGGAGACCAAGGAGGAGGAUACCGCCGGCUCAGCAGGAGGUCAGAUGGGUGCCGAUUUGGCUGGUGAAGGCAGCGGUGCUGCCGACGCCUUCCUGCCGAAAGAGGAGGCCUCGGACACCAGCGCCUUCCACGCGCAGCUAUUGGCACAGAGCUUCUCCAUGGAUUUCGAGAAUUUGGAGACACCAGAGCCACCGACAAAGCGGCAGCGCCAGGAGCCCACUCUCGAUCCACCGAAGCCGAAGGAGAACAAGGCCAAGUCGGGCAAGAUUGUCGACCGUGAGUUCCACCAGGCCUGGGUGCAAUUGGCGCCAGAAGCUCUACGAGAUCGGCUGAACAACAGGCAAGAUUUGGGCGAGGCCAUGCCUGACACAGUCCGCCUCGGCGAGGGACCGCACUGGAAGCAGCGCUACUAUUUCGAAAAGUUCAAAGUGAAACAGGAUGACCUCGUCGAUUUCCUGCAGAGAAUACGAAAAGCCUACGUCGAGGGCUUGUGCUGGGUCCUAGUCUACUACUACCAGGGCUGCCCGUCCUGGACCUGGUUCUAUCCUUAUCACUAUGCGCCAUUUGCCUCUGACCUGAUUGGGUGCGGCAACCUCAAGUGCGGGGAGCUGACCUACUUCCAGUCUGGGCAGCCCUUCCAGCCGUUCCAGCAGCUAAUGAGUGUCCUCCCACCAGUCAGCGCCGAGGAGGCCGGUAUCCCAGGCCCAAUGCGCGAACUCAUGAAGCAGGCCUUCUCUCCGCUAAUCGAUUUCUAUCCGGUGGACUUCGGCUUGGAUUUGAAUGGCAAGCGCUUUACAUGGCAGGCCGUGGUUCUUUUGCCAUUCAUAGAUGAGCCUCGUUUACUGCGGGUGUUGGGGCCGCUUCUGGCGAAGUUGAAGCCCCACGAGAAGAUCAGAAAUCGACGGGGCAACGAGCUUGUCUUCGGGCACAAGCAGGACAAGGCCUUGUUCCAUGCGGUGCAGCUGGCACAAGCAGCCUUCGAAGCCGGCCAUGCUGGCCUGAAGCAGCAUCCCGGCCUGCUCAUGCCAGUUCAGAAUUCGGAAGAUCCCAUCCUUAGUCCAAUGGGUUGCCUCGCUGAGGACUGUGCGCGACAGGCACUGGGAAAGUACAACAGCUGGCAUGGAAAGUGCAUGGUGGCCGCCACUUGUGACAGAUACCUCUUCGGGGCCUUGGAGGGCUGGCAAGGAGGAGGUGCCAACAGAGAGGUGACGUCACCCAUCGAGGGUCUCCCUGACGUGGAGGAGUCUCACUGUAUCUCGGCCCAGUUCACUGACCCGGAAGGGGUGCCCCACGAGUCCAAGCUGUUGCCUGGCAUCGCUGAGCAGCCAGUGGUGGUCAAUGCCGCGGACAUGGACGAAGGAUCUCGCCUCAAGGGCUUCGGUGGAGAACCGGCAGCUUGA